UGUCUUAACUGGUUUUCCGCCCACAGAAAGGGCUUGUCCCAGUCAGCUCUGCCAUACAGGCGCAGCGUUCCUACUUGGCUCAAGCUCACAUCUGAUGAUGUCAAAGAGCAGAUCUUCAAGCUUGCCAAAAAGGGCCUGACUCCCUCUCAGAUUGGUGUGAUUCUGAGGGAUUCACAUGGUGUGGCCCAAGUACGAUUUGUCACUGGCAACAAGAUCCUGAGGAUCCUCAAGUCCAAGGGUCUGGCCCCGGACCUGCCUGAGGAUCUCUACCACCUCAUCAAGAAGGCCGUGGCAGUCAGGAAGCACCUGGAGAGAAACAGAAAGGACAAGGAUGCCAAGUUCCGCCUGAUUCUCAUUGAGAGUAGGAUCCACAGGCUGGCCCGUUACUACAAGACCAAGAGAGUACUGGCCCCCAACUGGAAGUAG